ACAGGACGGGUCUCGUAUGCAGUGACACUUGUUAUGUAGCCAGGUACAGGUCAAAGUGUCACACUCUUCUCAUGGGAUUUUCACCUUCUUCCCAGUAACCAGUCAUUCCAGGGUCGUUUUUUAGAGUUGGCGGGGUAUUCUGCAAUUACUGACACUGACAGAGCCUCCCGAGACACACCCUUUUUCAGCUGAACUGCCGAAUUUCUUGAAGCUUUCUCUCGAUCAAGAUGACAGCUCUGCAGCUGCUCUCUGCUUGCGCACCGUACAUUCUACGUGUCGUGGGCCUGACUGUCGCCGUCAUCUUCGGCACCUGUCUCGUGUUCGUGGUCGCAUGGACGGUGUAUAUGUACAGAGUUUACAACAAAUAUCGGCAUCUGCCGGGCCCGAAGGUGGCUCACUUCUACAGCGGCCAUGUCAUGAAUGUUGCCGAAGGUGUCCGCUCUGGAAAGCUCAUAUUUGGAGAUCUUCUUGUGCAGUGGUGUCAGGAAUAUGGACCGAUAUUCGUGCUGUUUUUCUUCACACGCGUCCUGGUGGUGGUGUGUAGCCCAGAAGGCGUCAAGGAGUUUGUCAUUCAGGCCAAGCACCCAAAAGACCGGAUAAGUUACACGAGGUUGAAGAUGCUCGUUGGUGAGCGUUUCAUGGGGACUGGUUUGGUCAGCGAGAGAGAUCAUGGCGUAUGGUCGAUCAGACGAGCUAUCAUCGAUCCAGCAUUUCACCGGAGAUAUCUCAAGCAGUCGAUGUCGCAGUUCAACCGCAGUUCCGACCUGAUGAUCAAACGACUUCUCGGCAAAGCUGAUGGAGUCGCCGAGGUCACCAUGCUGGAUGAACUCAACAAGGUCACGCUGGAUGUCAUUGCCAAGGUAUCCUUCAGCUGUGAGCUGGACAUCAUGGUGGAUGGACUGUCGCCAUUCACUGAUGCCGUCCGGGUGACUCUGGACGCCCUGGGGUCCUUGAACAGAGCGCCAUGGCUCGAGUACAGCCCCCUGAAAGCUCACCGGGAGAGACGAAAACAGAUUCACGAUUGCUGCAAGCUCCUGCGAAGCUUCGGCGAGAAGUGCAUCCGCGAGCGACUGGCGGCCAUCCAGCGGGGUGAGGAGGUGCCAGCAGAUACGUUGACGUACAUCAUCAACGCGACGGGACAGCUGAGUCACAACUACUACAGCAUGCAGAACAUGGUGGACGACUUUGUGACCUUCUUUGUUGCUGGUCAAGAGACCACCGCCAAUCUCCUGACGAGCUGUUUCCUGGAGCUCCUUGGCAAACAGCCAGAAGUCCUUUACAGAUUGAAGAAUGAGGUGGAGAGUGUGAUCGGGGACAAGAACGACGUUGCAUUUGAAGACUUGCCCAAGUUGGAAUACAUGACUGCAGUUCUGAAGGAGACCCUGCGUUUGUACCCACCAGCGGGGGGGACCCUUCGCCAGACAGUGGAAGAGGUCUACCUAAACAAUGUCCGGAUACCGGCAGAAACAUCCGUACUGAUUUCCAUAUAUGCCAUCAGCCGCUUGGAGGAACAUUACACAGAUGCCUUGCAGUAUGACCCAGACCGCUUCAUGCACCAAGAUGAACACAUUCUAUUCUCCUUUCUGCCCUUUUCCCUGGGCCCCAGAAUGUGCAUUGGCAAGAAUUUUGCGAUGAUUGAAGCGAAAGUACUUCUGUGCAAACUCCUGACCAGUUUUGACUUUAGUCUGGUACCGGAUCAGUCUUUUGAUAUGGUCACUCACGGAACCCUGCGUCCAACAGAUGGCUGCAAGGUCACACUCAAACCAAAGAUUAACUAGGUGGGAGGAGAGUGAGGGCGUGGCUCUGGUGUGGGGGGUGGAAACUUUAAGUGUGUCAGAUAGGUGAAGGUAAUGUGGCUUAGAUGACGUGAUGGAGGUAAGCUUGUGGGUGUGGCUUGUGGGUGUGGUUCGAAGAGGGACGGAAGGAAGGAGGUUUUCCAGAAUGUUAAUUACUACAACCAUUUUCCAAAAUCUGUAUCUGCCUCGUGCUCUGGCCUCAUUCGGGUCCAGAGUUAUUAAUCCUGAAAUGAUAGAUUUGAAUGGAAUUUCUCCAGAAGAUGAUUCCUUUUCAGACAUUAAUGACAGGAUCCCACAAAAUGAGACUUAAGGCCAUUCUUUCACUCAUUCUGUUUCAGACUUGCCAACCUAGCCGUACUCCUUCCUGAGGUCGGGCAUUACCACAGGAUAGAUUAAAAUUUUAAACAAAGUCAAGGCUCAUUUAAAUACCUUUUAUUCUAUUGUAUGGUAAUGACUGACCCUAGGCAGGAGUAUGGCAAGGUUGGCAGUUCUGUAUUUUGCAUCUGAAAUGGUACAUUUUAGGGCUGUACAGAUUUUUUAAAUUUUCAGAUUUCAAUUUUCUAUCAAAUAUUAGAAUAUCCGUUUUCAAAAUGAAUCAUCAGGGAGUGAAAAAUCAAUUAAAUAAAAGGGUAAACUUCAAUUUUAUAGUUUGCGUAAUAAUAUUAUAAAACAUAUUUCAAUAUGUGAACAGUAAACUUCAAGGCAGCAGAAAGUCAAAUUCAAAUUCAAUUUAUUGUGCCCAUAUAAAAACUACAGAUAGCCGCAUUCCAUCAUCAUUCACUCUUUAAAAAUGUUACAUUCAAAACAACUACUUGCAUAUUAAACAAUUAAACAGCACAUGAAAACUAUAAACAUCAAAACAGAUUAAGAUUAACCCUAACAGUCCUCAGUCCUUCACCUAUUGGAGGAGUGAGUACUGUUAGGGUUAACCAUUAAUACUCGCAGGUUACAAAUCAAGAAUUAAUCACAAUUGUCAUUAAUAAGACUGUGAUGCUCAUUUUUCCUUUCGGCUAAGGAAUUGUACAUUUGAGCUGAGUUGAAAAGCAAAGAUUGAAGAAACCCAAAGAGGGCAUGAUUGUGCUAGGUGGAGUCUUAUACUGGGACUUUUAGCAUUUUUUUGUAAACCAGUAAUGCAUAUGCCUAAGAGUUGUUUAAAAAAUUUAUUUUUCCUCAAGUUUGUCUUAUUUUACUUUUUGCAGAAAUGUGUGCAUUUUGUUUCUGGCUUUCUUGGAAUUUGGAUAUAGCCGAAUAUAUUUUGAAUAUUCAGUGAUUGGAUGUCUCAUACGGGAGAGGGGUAAACUCUACUAUAUUUGGGCAUUGUAUCCCUAACAGCUUGUCUGGUUCCCAGUGUUGAUUCCUCUGAGUAUCAGUACAUGUACAAGUUUUUACAUAUCUUAUUAAAUCGUAGUUGGUAGCAGACUGUUGCCACCCCAAUUUUUCCUGACAUUAUUUUCUCGGGUGAAAACAGGCGUAUCAGUUUUGAGUCAAGGAAAGAGAUGCACCAAUAUAAAUUAUAUAUUGUAAAAUAUUGCUUACAAUGUAUUUUUAAAUUGUAUAAUGGAAUUCCUCAUUUUCUACAGAGAUUUAAUUUUUUAUAAAAUAUUCUUGUACAUGCUUUUUUAAUGUUACAAAUUAAACCAAAACCUUACAUUUGAUCUGUAAAUUUACAGUUCAAGGUCACAAUGGUAAACUUAGACAAUUAUUGACUUGAUACUUACCGUUUUCAUAAUGCAGUAAAAUAGACAUUAUAAUUAAUGUGCGCACAGGAAGGACGUCUCCUCCAAGCACUGACAAAUUUUAUGGUCUUUUUUGAUGUCAUACUUGCAUGUAAUUUGACCAAAUGGUAGUCAAUCCUAUCUUUUAAGGUGUACAAUCUAUAUUUGGUUGUUUGAUAGUUUAAAUUUGUUAAGUUCACUGAAAAAGGCAAGUAUACUUAGAAAAGAGAAAUAAGUCAUAUAUGUGCGAUAUUUGUAGCACUUCUGUACAUGAAGCAAAUUGACAGAAAUUAGUCUUUUUAUUAUCGUCCUUGAGACAUAUAGUUUGUCCUUUUGUGAAUGAGUGACGUUUUUGCUUUCUCUGCCACGUAUUCGCAACUGCUGUGAAAUGAAGUAUAUAAAGGAAGUGUGAAGUUCAAGAGGUCAAAGAGUCUUCUGUCAUAAAAUGGGUGGACGACCAACUUUUAUUCAGAAAAAAGGUCUUUCUCCUGCAGCAAACGAACCGUUGACGCACGCAGUGCGUGUGCAAACGUGUCUUAACUGCUUGAUUUUUUUGAAUAGAAUAUUAACGGACGUUACUCGAUAAAAUCCAUUUUUACACCACAAUAAUAUUGUUUACGUUUCAACACGUUAUUAUUGACUCCCUUUUGUUUGCUCAGCGCCUAGCGUCUCAUAACAAUGACUCCUAAAAGAGUCCCAUAGUAACAGGCUUCCUUGUAUACGUCUGCAUGCGCAUUGCUGUUAUGCACGAAUCGUCCCCACGAUGAAAAGAACUCAUCAAUGUUUCCUUCAAAAAUUCUCUUGGGUCGGAGCUCACUUUUCGUACUGCAACUAGGGGCACGCAUUUUUUUUUUUUUUUUUUUUUUGGCAUAAACAUAUUCAGGUCCCCGUGUAUUGUAAAGUUAUUUUGUUAUACAUUUCUCUGACGGAAGAGGGCGCUCGGCUCCUACUUUACUUUUCCACUCUGGAAAACCAGAAGAUUGCAACCUCCAAGGGUACAGUCCAAGCCCCAUUGAAAAGUGUCAAAUCAGUACUGUUCAGGGUCAAAUGCACGCCAACAUCCCUGAGAUUUCUGAAACACAAAGGAAAUUCUUGU